AUGUCGACGAUUCAACAGCUCAAAAACUUCAUCCGCCACGGGAAGCAAGCCCGUGUAGCAAACCACAACGACGAGCCGCAGCGCAAAAAUGACCACAUACCGCCCCAUGCUCCUCAGCCUCCGCUCGACAAGCGAGCGCACAAUGUCUCGGAGCCGGCUCGUGGCCACAACCCGCCCCCGCCAAAGGAGCCCCUCGAUGCCUUCUCUGCGGCUGCCCGCUCUCCCCAAAACAAAGCGGCCCAGGCCGCCCACGUCGCCGCCCACCACGUCGAGGCCGGCCAGGAUGUUAAAAAAUCCAAGCGUGUGGUCGAGUCGGAGAUCAAGCAGCUCGUCGCCGAGGAGAAUGCGAGCAAAUCCAAAUUCUCGCAGUACCCGGGUCUAGACCGCUGGGAGCUGCUCGAGAAGAUGGGUGAUGGCGCUUUCAGCAACGUCUACCGCGCUCGCGACCGCGAGGGCGACAGGGGUGAGGUCGCCAUCAAGGUCGUCCGCAAGUACGAGAUGAACAGCAUGCAGCGGUCCAACAUACUCAAAGAGGUUCAGAUCAUGCGCCAGCUGGACCAUCCAAACAUCAUCAAGCUUGUCGAUUUCACCGAGUCGAAGCAGUACUACUACAUCGUUCUCGAGCUCGCCCCCGGCGGUGAGCUCUUCCACCAAAUCGUCCGCCUCACCUACUUCAGCGAGGAGCUGUCGCGGCACGUCAUCGUCAAGGUAGCCAAGGCCCUCGAGUAUCUGCAUGAGGAGAGAGGCGUCGUCCACCGGUACAGUCGCCCCAGUCGCCCUACCCCGCCCUUCUCCCCCUGCCCGUGGGCCCUCCUGCGCCGCCCGAACGGGACAACGUUGGCUGACCAGGCCUGGCAUGACCCUUGUAGCGACAUCAAACCCGAAAACAUCCUCUACACUCCCAUACCCGUGGUCCCCUCCAAGUCGCCGAAGCCGAGGCAGCCCGGGGAUGAGGACAAGGUCGACGAGGGAGAGUUCGUCCACGGCGUCGGGGCCGGCGGCAUCGGCGAGAUCAAAAUUGCCGACUUUGGCCUGUCCAAGAUCGUCUGGGAGAGCCAAACGAUGACGCCCUGCGGUACCGUCGGCUACACGGCCCCCGAGAUCGUCAAGGAUGAGCGGUAUUCCAAGUCGGUCGACAUGUGGGCCCUAGGCUGCGUCCUCUACACCCUACUCUGUGGCUUCCCUCCCUUCUACGAUGAGAGCAUCGAGGUGCUCACGGAAAAGGUGGCCAAGGGCCAGUUCACCUUCCUGUCCCCCUGGUGGGAUGACAUUUCCACGUCGGCCAAGGACCUCAUCUCCCACCUGCUCUGUGUCGACCCAGACAAGCGCUACACCAUCCGCCAGUUUCUCGCUCACCCCUGGAUUCUCGCGAGCGGACCCUCCCCUCGCGAGGAGAGAAGAAAGCCCGGCGUGCUUCGGGCCUUUGAUGCGAACCAGUUGGACGAAAAUGGCAAGCACUACGACUUCCGAUCGCCCGGCGCCGUCAACCUCCGCGAGGUCUUCGACGUCAGCUACGCCGUACACCGCCAGGAAGAAGAGGGCAAGCGCCGGCAACAAAUCGGCGCCAAGGCCGGCCCCGGAUUUCCUCUGGCCGGCCUCGACGAGGAGGAAGAAGACGAGGACCAGAUGCAAAUCGACCAGGGAGCCGGCUACAAACCGCAGUAUGCGACGCAAUCGCUCGAGCAGAGCAUGCGCCAAGCCCAUAUCCAAGACCCGGCCCAGGCUCACGGCCGCGAACCAAAUCGGGCCAACGAGAAGGGUUACGGGCAACAUUCCGCCACGGUAACGGCGGCUGCCCGUCAGCAGGUCCGUGACCGAAACCGCCAGAAGGGAGCAUUCGAGUUGAAUCUCGACAACGCGACUCUCUUGGGCAAGCGGGGCAAAAAGGUCCCCGUCGCGGGGGCCUAG